UUGAAGCCUUUAUUUAUUGCAAUAUCGUACAUGAACGCAAAGGUGUAAUGGAUAAAUAUUGUCGGUAUCAUUUGAUAUUUGGUUUCACUCUCUUUGGCUGCAUCUGUGCAGCCAGGUACCAGUAUGGGGCGAUAUCAUUGGUCGGGCCAGCUUUUGUGAACAGGGAGGUUACACUGAAAGCAACACCAUUCUACCCUUGGAGAUGUCAGAUAGAAUGGAAGUACAAAAUGGACGGGGGCACAACAUUCCAAACAAUGAACGGACCAAAUAUUAAAAGUUAUUUGGAAGAUGGGUCGUUCUUUUUAACAUGGACGGCUUCAAUUGAAUACAACAGAUCUGUCUUCUACGCCGGAUGUUCAACAAACACGACAAUUAGAACACACAUGGUUUCUAUAGAUAUGACAGGGCUGGGACACUAUUAUUUACAGCGCAAAACAUACAAUAAAAGAACAUGGAAGAAAAACCAUCACAAGAUACAGCUACGAAAACGUUCUUACAUAGAGGGAAGCGAUUCUGUGCGACCGAGUUAUCCAGUCCUCGGUCGAAAAUAUCCUGACUUCAACACAACGAAAUGCAUUUAUGUGUAUAAAGGUUCCGACUUUUAUUGCAAAACUGAAAACGGAACAGAACCCCAAAGGGAUCAAAGGGUUGUACCGAAUCAAUAA